AGGCUGGGCGGCGGGCUCAGCGACGACGGGCCAUACGUGCUGUCGCGGUACAAGAACCAGCUCAUCCUUUUGGGCUGCAACGUGCGCGCGACGUUGAAGAACGGCAACAUCACCAUGAGCAGCUGCUCCUCCCUGUGCCCGAACGACUACGAGGGGCUCUCGUCCGAUUCCGACGAAAGGCUGUCCAGGCCGGAUAGAAGCAUGUCCUGCUCCGGCAUUGGGUGCUGCCAGGCGCCCAUCGUCGUCUACCGCGAGGUACUGGCUGGAUCAAACGAGAUCGUCCCAAUCACGUCGUACGACGUGGAGCUAGAGUCCUUUGGGUGGAACCGCAGCGAGGCCCAGCUGUGGCCGCCGCGCGUGUUCAUCGCCGAGGAAGGCUGGCUUGCGACAUGGAGCCUCUCACACCAGCUCUCUACGCGCGGCGUGUCGAUGGAAGUUCCCAUCUGGCUCGGCUGGGAGGUCAUCGAUGACCACCAGGACGACACAGAUCAGCUGCAGCGGUCGUCCUCGCCUGCGUCGGCGUCAGAGUGUUCUAGGGAUGCGGCCAACAGUGUCUGCAAGAGCAGCAACGCGGACUGCAGAAAACACCAAAGAGGCGGCUACACGUGCUCCUGCAAGUCUGGUUACGAGGGCAAUCCCUACAUCACCAACGGAUGCCAAGACAUCGACGAGUGCAAGGAUUUAGAAUUUUACAAGUGUUAUGGUCAAUGUACCAAUAUGGAUGGUUUAUUUCAGUGCCAGUGCCCACAUGGGACCCAUGGCGACCACUCCACGCCCGGUGGUUGCUUCAGUUUGCUGGGAGGUAGUAUGAGCACUGGAGCUGCUGCUGGAGCGGGGCUCGUACUUCUGUUUCUUAUUGGAUUUUUCAUUGCUAAGAAACUAAAACAGCGGAGGGCUCAAAUGUUAAAAUGUAAGUUCUUCCACCAAAAUCGUGGACAAUUGUUGCAACAGUUGGUACCCCAAAGUGCUGGUAUUGCAGAAAGGAUGAUCAUAACAUUGGAAGAGUUAGAGAAGGCGACCCAUCAUUUUGACAAAGAUCUCGUGGUUGGCGGAGGAGGUCAUGGUAUUGUUUACAAAGGGAUACUGUCAAACCAACAUAUUGUAGCCGUCAAGAAACCCAAGAAGGUGUUGAAGAAUGAGAUCAAUGAAUUUAUAAAUGAGGUAGCUAUCCUAUCACAAAUUAACCAUAGAAAUGUAGUAAAACUCUAUGGUUGCUGCCUUGAAACUGAAGUCCCAAUGUUGGUCUAUGAGUUCAUAUCUAAUGGGACACUUUACGAGCAUCUUCAUGUCCAAGGACCAAAAUCAUUAUCUUGGGAUGACAGGUUGCGGAUAGCCAUUGAGGCACCAAAAUCACUUGCAUAUCUUCACUCGGCUGCAUCAACACCUAUCAUUCAUAGAGACAUCAAGUCUGCUAACAUACUUUUGGAUGAUACUCUGACAGCAAAGGUAGCGGAUUUUGGAGCUUCCAGGUAUAUUCCAAUGGAUAUAUCUGGGGUUACAACAAGGGCUCAAGGUACGAGAGGGUAUUGGGAUCCUAUGAACUUUUACACAGGGCGAAUAACUGAGAAAAGUGAUGUCUAUAGCUUUGGGGUCAUCCUUGUGGAGCUGCUAACUAGAGAGAAACCAUUUUCAUAUUUAUCAUCAGAUGAAGAGAGUCUUGUUUCACAUUUUGCCAGCUUGUUUGAAAAAGGGCAACUGCUGCAUAUAUUAGAUCCACAAGUCAUGGAGGAAGGAGGGAACGAAGUUGAAGAAGUAGCAAGUAUCGCGGUAGCUUGUGUAAAGUUAAGGAGAGAGGACCGCCCAACCAUGAGACAAGUGGAGUUGACACUGGAAGGCACACAUACAUUACCGAGGCAAACUUCAGAUAAUGCAUCUCCAUCCACAAAAGUUGAAAGCAACACUAAGGGAUCGACCAGACAUUAUAGUAUGGAACUUGAGUUCCGACUAUCUGCGGAGCACCCUCGGUAG